AUGCAGUCGCAGAGUUGCUGCGCGGAUUUACCCCACAACAAGGACGAUACCGACGCUCCCGACCCCAGGCACCUGAAGCUCACGCUUUCCUCCUCCGGCAAGUACCUACCCUGCCAGCCCUACCAGGUCGCAGAGCUGGCCAAUGCCGCAUACCGGCAGCUCUUUCACCAGUUUGCCGGCAGUAAGUUUCUGGAUGUCCAGCUGCCGCCCGACUCGGAAGGAGUGAGCGAGCUCGAGGGAUACUACAAAAUGGCCAAUUUCGAUGCUUGCUACCAUGGCGAGUGGAGGGAUCACCAUCCCCAUGGAAGAGGCAUGGCUACCCUCGCCAAUGGGGCAUUACUUGUUGGGACGUUUGUGCAGGGGUCUUGCACCGGUGACUACAAUUAUUUCUUCUUCAGGGACGGUUCAACUUACACCGGAAACAUUAUCGGUAACCGCAUAUCUGGCAAGGGCAAGCUGACAACUUCAGGCCUGGUCUACAAGGGGGAAUGGCACGACAACCUGCCCCACGGAAGCGGUUCCGAAACCUACGCUAACGGCGACAAGUUCAUCGGAACUUUCGAGAGGGGGGUGAAGCAGGGCGAGGAGUGCAUUUUUACAUGGGCCAACAACGAAAACUUCCUCGAGUAUCGGGGCGGCUUCUGGAGCGGACGCAUCCAGGGCAUGGGAACGCUGACCCUCCGCGACAAGACAGUCAUCCACGGGUUUUUCGACGGCAACUGCAUCAGCAAUCUCACCCUCACCAACAACAAGGUGAAAUUCAUCGGUAGCUUUGAGGUCGGCAAGGCGAGUGGCAAAGGCACGCUCUAG